UCGUAUAUAUGCAAUUCACAUACGAACUAUACUCUGAUAAACCUACAAUACAAUUUGCAAUCUACAAUUUAAAAGACUCUAAAUAUUUUUAAAUUGGUUGUUAUAAAUACAGAAGCAUAUAAACUUAUAGAAAAUAGCAUAAUUUAUUGCAUCCCUAUUUACGGCAAGUUCAAGUCAAUGUAAAGUGAAAUCGUUAGAUAUAUGUAGUCAUGAGAACGUCCCUAUAAUAUUACUUAAGUACCUACUUACGGAUGAAUGGCAUAAGAAAUACGAAUAAACAUUUGUUAUUUGAAUAAUAUUUUAAAUCAAAUUUUUUAAGUUUAAAAGCUUUAUCAUUAUUUAAAAUAAAAUGUGUGUCAGUUAAAGUAUUUUACUCUAUAUGUUUGACAUUUGAUUGAAAUCAAAGUGUACUUAUAUAAAUUGGUGUCUCCAUUCUUUGUUCAGAGGGAUACUGUCUUCUCUGUAAACAUUAUUAAAUUGCUAUUAUUAUGGUAUAUUGGCUACCAAAGAAACGUUUCAAAAAAAGUAAUUCCUUCAAACAACUUCUACGUAACUAAAUUACCUUAAAAGGAGGAAUUAAAAAGGUGCCUUAAAUUUGGUAGCUACUAACAAAUAUGCAGGCUACUUACCUACUAUUAGCAGCACUGACGCCAUUCAUCGUUUUUGAUAUUUGGUAUACAGGAAUAUAUUUAUUUUGGAUGAUGAAAGCAUCAAUAAUUACAUACUUAGUUAUAUUUGGGCUCUUGCCCAUUAUAUUUCAUUAUUCUUAUUCCUUACAAAAGAAAAUACUCUUUUUAAAUUUUGUACAUUGGCCACUUAAUGUGGACUUUUCAAAGCCAGAGUCAGUUGGAAUGAAAGGUACAAGGAACUUUUAUCUAAUAACUGAUCAAGAAGUAAAAAUCGGAGUAUGGCAAGUUCUACCUCAAUCAUUAUUAAAUGAUUCUACUAUUAUAACUGAUAAUGAUUAUGAGAAUGUAUUGAGUAAUACAAAACAACCUGUCUUUCUUUAUAUGCAUGGUAAUAGUGGAAAUAGAGCAAGUGGUCAUCGCUUAGAAUUAUAUAAACUUUUUCAAUCAUUAGAUUAUCAUGUUAUAAGUUUUGAUUAUAGAGGUUACGGUGACAGCGAAGUAGUAGAACUUUCAGAAGUAGGAGUAGUCGAAGAUAGUAAAUAUGCAUUAGAAUGGGUGUUGAAAAAAGUCAAUGGAUCAUCUCCUGUUUUUGUAUGGGGCCAUUCUUUAGGCACUGGUGUCUCCAUUCACGUAUUAGCAUUAUUGGCACAAGAAAAUAUUCAGCCAGCAGGUUUGUUCUUGGAAGCACCAUUUAAUAAUAUCGCAGAAGAAUUAAGCGUACAUCCAUUAGCACAGAUUUUUAAACAUUUACCAUGGUUUCAUUGGGUUAUUGUGGAACCAUUUUAUUAUAAUAAUCUUCGUUUCGAAUCAGAUGAGCACAUAAAAAAUGUUCAGUGUUCAAUUAUGAUAUUACAUGCAGAAGAUGAUAAUGUUAUACCAUUUUCCUUGGGUGAAAAAUUAUACAAAGCAGGUAUAAAUUAUCACGGUAAUGGUACCAAUCAAAUUCAAUUUACACGAAUAGAUUCGUCACAUGGUCUUGGGCAUAAAUAUAUAUGCCGCUAUGAAAAACUACCUAAUAUAAUUAGAUCAUUUGUAGCAGAGACAUGUAAAAAUCGGACUGACUAAAUUAUGAAUUGAAAAAAUAUUAUCAAGAUACAGUGGGGCCCCGAGUUACGUCCUUCUGAUUUACGUCCUUUCACAGUUACGUCGUCUUCAUGCAACACGGUAGUCAAUUGUUUUUAACCAAUAUUUCUUGCUCUACGUGCUUAGUUUUAACUGAAUCACUCUGAAAUUUACUUGAGUAAAGAAUUUUUAUGGGUAAAUAAUUUCAAAUUAUAUAUUUAUAUUAACAUACGUGCACAAGUGUAAUUAAUCGAGAGUUAAGAUCAUUAUUUAUAUAUGUGUAAUGGUAUUGUAGCAUCAGAUGUCCUCAUCUUUAAAUUAUAUUGUUAAAAAAAAAUACUAUAGGUUUAGAAACUAAAUCAGAGAUAAUAAAACUUUUUAAUAACGGAAUACAAGGUUUCCAAAUUAACUACAAAAUAAAUUUGUCAGAAACAACUAUAAGAGCAUUUCUUAAAGAUAAGGAACAUAUUUUGUUCCAAUAUUAUUUGUGAACAUCAUGUGUCUUCAAUUCUUCAUAAACAUUUGCUACAUUUAAUCUCUUCUAUUAUUUUUAUACAUUUUUAAGAAAAUGUAUAAUACAUACAUACAUGUUCACCCUUUGUACCCUGACUUACAUCACACACCCUGGAACCAAUUAGGACAUAAAUCUGGGGGCUCACUGUACCUGUAUUUUUAUAGUAUGUAUUAGUAGUCUCUUAUAAAUAAUAUAAAUUGGGCUUGAAAUGAAAUCAGUAAUUAAAAAUUUUGAAUGCUGUCUGUUUUUUCAUUACAUUUUAUUCUUUAAUACAUUAAAUAUUAUACUUUUUGGUAAACCUGUACUAAUUUGGAAGAUUAUAUAAUUUUUUAUGUCCGAACUUUGUGGAGUAUAAAGUAUUUAAGCACUAUUGUUCAGUAUUAAUCAAAGUUCAAGAGCAUGUAAAAUACGUUGAAACGUUAAUACAUUCACACUUAGUUAUAGUAAAGUAAAUUUUAUUUGAGGGCAUAAAUACGGAUAUUUAUA